AUGGUUUUGUUGCGGGGCGACCUGCCGUACGCCUCUCCCAGGUACCAGAAAGCUGUGUCGUACUGGGACCAGCAAGAAGCGUCGUACAACGGUGUCUUGGGCGGCUUUGGAUACACGUCGGACCUGGAUGUACGGGAUAGCCGGGCGCUAUUGCUGAAGGCCAUGAGGGUCCAAUUGGAGGCUGCAGACAAGGGGACGAGAACGCUGACAGCGCUUGACUGCGGUGCCGGUGUGGGUAGAGUGACGGAGCAGCUGCUGCGACAUCACUUCCACUGUGUUGACCUGUUGGAACCUAGCAGGCACCUGCUCGAUACCGCAGCGGGGCAGUUCUUUUGCUCCGGCCUGCAGGUACGGAGGUACACCCGCCCAUUUUGCGCUUUGCGCGUGUUCGUACAUGGUCCCUGUCGAUCCAGGUACGACGCGAUUUGGAUCCAGUGGUGUCUGCUGUACCUGACGGAUGUUGACUUCGUGUCGCUGUUCCAACGUGCCGUUGCUGGGUUGAAGCCCGAUGGUCUUAUCUUCGUCAAGGAGAACAUCUGCAAGGAGGGCUUUGUCCUAGACAAGGAGGACUCGUCCUUGACUCGCAGCAACGCCUUCAUGCUCGAACUCUUUCAGCGGGCAGGUGUGCAGGUGCUGUACAACGUAAAGCAACGCAACUGGCCCAAAGAGCUUUUUGAAGUGCGUAUGUACGUUGUCAAACCUCGGACGGCGCAGCAAAAUCAGCAGAAUGAACGACAUCAAGAGCAAUAA